CUCUCGGCUCACUUCACUCAUUCAUAUCGGCGGCGGCGACAGCGGCAGUAGCAGCGGCGGCGGCGGCUUGCCGCGUGGCGCUGUCGCUGUGGCCUUGCCCGCCUCGUCGCUCCCCACUCACAACGGAGACGUCUCUCGGAUCGGCCGCUCCCCAGCGAUGGACGGAGACGGCGUGAGGCAGAGGAAGAAGGAACAGGCGACGAGGGUCGCAGCAGCAGGAGGUGGUGGUGGUGGUGGUGGAGAAGGAGGCAAGCCGCCAGAGCAGACGGAGCGGGGAAGCGCGCGGAUUCUGCGGCCCGGAUCUCUGUGGGCCACGCGGGAGCUGCUGCUGCGGGCCCUGGCGCUCAUCUACGUGGUGGCAUUUUCGGUGGCACUGCAUCAGAACCGAGCGCUCAUCGGCGACAACGGCCUCCUGCCGGCGAGCCUCUACCUGCGACGGAUGCUUCGUUACGUCGGCGGUGGCCCUGUGGGCCUCCAGGCCGUCGCCCGCGCGCCCACGCUGCUGUGGCUGGCAUUGGACGAAGUCUCUUCGCUGGACUGGGCCCUGGAUGCCGUGGCGUGCGCAGGGCUGGCCCUGGCCGCGUUUGUGGCGCUGACCGGCCGUGCCAACAUGAUCGUGAUGGCCGCGCUGUGGAUGCUUUACCACUCGCUCGUGGCGGUCGGACAGAUUUGGUACUCCUUUGGGUGGGAAUCUCAGCUGCUGGAGACUGGCUUCCUCGCCAUAUUUCUGUGCCCGCUGCUGUCACUGAAGCAGUACCCACGUGGCUCACCACCUUCACGUAUCGUCAUAUGGGCCUUCCUCUGGCUCAUAUUUCGAAUCAUGCUCGGCGCUGGUUUGAUUAAAAUCCGUGGCGAUAAAUGCUGGCGAGACCUCACAUGCAUGGAUUACCACUAUGAGACUCAGCCGGUGCCAAACCCCGUGGCGUACUAUAUGCACCGCGAGCCAGCGUGGUUCCACCGCGCCGAGACGCUCGCGAACCACUUUAUCGAGCUCGUGGUGCCCUUCUUCCUGCUGCUCGGGCGUCGUUUCCGUAUCGCGCACGGCCUCCUGCAGAUCCUCUUCCAGGUGGUGCUGAUAAUCAGCGGGAACCUCAGCUUCUUAAACUGGCUUACCAUAAUACCGAGCCUGGCCUGCUUCGACGACGCGUCUCUGAGCUUCCUCCUGAGCCGGUCCAAAAGGGAGAAGUUGAUGGCACUUCAGGCGGAAGAAGAAAAGGAUAAGCGACCCCGCAAACUGGGUGCGCUGGUGCGCAGUUGCGUGCAUGUGCUGCUCGCACUGCUCAUCGCGUAUCUGAGCGUGCCGGUGGUGCACAACCUCAUGAGCUCCACGCAGCGCAUGAACUCCUCCUUCGACCCGCUGCGCAUUGUCAACACCUACGGCGCCUUCGGCAGCAUCACCAAGGAGCGCACGGAGGUCGUGCUGCAGGGCACGGCCAGCGUGGACCCGGCGGACGCGACCACCGAGUGGGAGGAGUACGACUUUGUGUGCAAGCCGGGCGACACACGCCGCCGCCCCUGCCUCGUCUCGCCCUACCACUACCGCCUCGACUGGCUCAUGUGGUUCGCCGCUUUCCAGACGUACGAGCAGAACCCCUGGCUGUUGCAUCUUGUCGGGAAGCUGCUCACCAACGACAACCAAACGCUGUCUCUGAUGGGCAAGAACCCCUUUGAGGGUCGCGACCCUCCCCGGUGGAUAAGGGCGCAGCACUUCCGCUACCAGUUCAGCGAGCCGGGGAGCGCCCGUGCGUCCGCCGGGCACUGGUGGCAGCGCAAACUCCUCGACCGCUACCUGCCGCCCGUCAACCUCGACUCGCUCGCCGCGUUCUUCCGCGCGCAGGAGUGGCCGCAUCCCCACGCGCCCCGCAAUCAGCCCAUUUAAACGCCGCUGCGCUCCUCCCGUCGUCGCUCCCCAAAGACAGGGAAAACAACAACAAAAACGAAGCACGUUUGCAGUGCGCAAAAAGCCAACGAUGUAUGUUCAAGUUCUUUUGCGCCGUACGCAGGCCAAACGUGCUAAUCGUGCUUCGCUUGGCGACAGAUGUUUGGCUGAACGACGGAAGGGUGGCGGUGGCCGGCGAGGCUACAGGGAAGUGUGCGCCCACUGCUGUCGGUCUUUCAGCUUCGUGCUGCUGCUGUGGCCCCGAGGGUGCUUAAUGACAUUAGCGUGUGCCGGCAGGCCCGCGUGACGUCACAUGUCCCGUAAUGUUUUAACGGCGCAGCGUCACGCGUGCAGACGUUUACGACCUUUGCGUGUCUCCGUGACGUCGUAACGUCCGCACACGCGACCAGUAAUCUGCCCCUCUCUCGUCUCAAGGGCUCUUGCAUUGCUCUUGCUUAUCUUGCUUUCAUUGCACCAUUAUCGUCACCAUCAGCCAUGGUCAAUCCACUGCUGGAUGAAGCCCUCCCAAAGCUGCGCCCGCCCCCUUUCGCAAUCCUGCAAUCUAAUAAUCGUCGCAGCACCUGCUCGACACACGAACUGAUUUCCUGUCGGACGCGUUCCAUUCCUUGGCUGCCACUGCUUUACUAUCCGCGGCUGCUCUUAUCUCACAAAUCUUUAUACCUUGUCUGGAGCGUACUCAUAACUUGUUUAAUAUCUCACCUUACUAAUCUGUCACUCACUGUUAGUUUACCAUAUCUCUCAAUGGACCACAUUUGACUUAUGGGCCCCCAGUUCAAGAAACCUUGCCAUAUCGAUCAUUGGGGAUCAUGGUGUUGUUAUUGCACUUAUUCGCCUUGUUAUUGGGCACAUUUUACACCAACCAUAUCCUAAUUUAACACGGCCAUGGGCACUUAAUACGUUCAUGGGGGGGGGGAAAACACCUAGUUUUGAUGAUCAUUUUGGGAAUGUUUACUUUGUCCCACCAUGUACUGCGCAUACCAAGUCUACUGUACUGAGUUAUUCUGUAAUCGGAAACUUUGCACUGUGAAGACAGGAACGACGAUCGAUUGGGGGAGGCCAUCAAACAAUUACCUCUCGGUUCUCCAUGGGUGGAUUAUCUGGCUUGUGGAUUGACCGUCAUUGUAAAAAAAUAAAUAUCUAUGUACGCACCGAUUCUAUUAACUUUCCGCUCAUCGAGGGACAGUGACCCGGUUCUCACUCCACCACAAAUAUCCAUAAGUAAAUGCAAACACGUGGCUUUAAUUCAAGAAAAAAAAAUAUUUAAAUAGCUGAGUGAUGUGUACGUCACGUGUUUUCUGCCCUGCCGUGUAGAAACAUGAGUUUGUUCUACUUCUUCACACGACAUUCUACUUAGGUGAAUAGUAAAUACGUUUUACGGAAUAUUGUUUUUAUUUAUCCGAGCCAUCAUUCCUCUCCCAUUACCUCGGAAAAUUCAGAGUUGGCUGCAUGAUCAGGCACUGCGGAGCUUGCCCCGACACCUGGCUAGCGAGUCACAUUUAAAGAAUGUGGAAUUGGUUUAUUUUCAAGGAUUACAAGUCUGGAAAGACUCAACAUUACGUUACUUCAUUGUAUGUUUUGGAAGUCAAACUAUCAAGUGUUUUUUUUUACCUUGUGAGAACUCAAGAGACUAGGAUAGUCUCAUUUGCAAAGUAUGUUUCACUCUGGGACACCUUUUGUUGAACUGUUUUUGCCGAAUAAAACGAUUGCCAAUUUAA